GGGGGCGGGCUCCGGGCUCCGGGCCCCGGCAGGCAGCGCUCCUCCUCCGGCCCCGGGGCUGACAGCGCGGCCCGGCCCGGAGCCACCUCCCGGCUCCCCCCUUCCCCUCCUCGGCCGGCCGCCUCCCCUCCCUCGCCCGCCAUGUGGAAGCUGAACAAGAGCAGCAAAGUUCUCCUGGACGACUCCCCCGAGGAGGACGAGGCGCGGCCCCGCGGACCCCCGCCGCCGCCCCCGCCCGCCGCCGCCUUCGCGGCCCCGCAGAAUAAAGACCAGUUUCUUCAUGAUGAAGUUCCGUCUUCAGUAUCACAACUUGCAACAAAGGUUCAAGGCGCAAGUUUCCGGGGCUGGAAGGAAGUGACGUCUAUGUUCAAUAAAGAUGAUGAACAGCAAUUGCUAGCAGGAUGCAAGUCGCCGAAAUCCAAAGGAACAAACCUAAAGUUAAAGGAAGAGAUGAAGUCAGAAAAGAAGACAGGUUUUUGGGACAGUUUGGUGAUAAAGCAAAAUGUCCAAUCUAGGAAACCAGAUGAGAUUGAGGGAUGGGAACCACCACAGAUUACUGCUGCUGACUCUGCCAGUGACGCAGCAACUACUUUAAGUGACUAUACAGCCUGGUCAGGCUGGGAAGAUGAAACCAAAGGCUCCACAAAAUACACAAACCUGGCCAGUUCAGGAAACAGUUCCAGGUGGAGUAUCAAAUCAGCUGGAAAGCUGGUUAGUAUUAGACGUCAGAGCAAAGGUAACCUUACUGACAACUGGGAAGAACUAGAAUGAUACCGGUAAUGUGAAUUACUUUAUAGAUAAGAAGAGAAAGGUUCCAUGAUUUACUUGUAUGUUUAAACCAAAAUCAAAUCUGCUCAAUAUUGCACCUUUAUACAGUACUUUGUUUUAUUCAGAUUGUUACGAAUUUUUGCUCGCCUAAUAGUAAAUUUUCUUAUUACAUUGUUAAAUAGCUAUGUUUUCCACACUGAAAAAAGUAGAGAAUCUAUUUUGUGCCUAUAUUUCACAUUUAGACUGCAGUACGUUGGAUUGUUGGUUUUACCAAAAAAAAAAAAAAAAAAGUAAUUCCUUAGUGAAUGUAUACACUGGUUGUAAAUUUGACUGCCUUAUGUAGGAACUUCCACUAGCUCGAGGUCCUGUUUUUUCCUGGUAUUUGAGGGUCACUCAAAAUGUUAGUUUUGAUGCUGUCCCUUUUUAAAUAAGAAUACGGAUCUGUAGAUUGCAGGAAGAAUGUUUAUACUUGGUGGACUGUUUUCCAAAUCUUCAGCCUCAGCAUAUGCUUCAGCUUGUGCACACAAGAUGCUCAACUGUCACACUGUGCUGUACUGUGUAAGAAAUGGGAAAAUACUACUCUAAGGUAAUUCCUUCCAUUACAGGAACUUCACCAGUAGUCAGGUCAAAUGGGUCUUCCAGAGUUUUUUUUAUAGUGAAUGUUGUUUGACAAAUCUUACCAGUUUUUAAGAUGCAUGUCAUACCAAAAAUAAAAAAAUAUUGAAAAUUUGGAAAGCAGUAGUGGGUAGAGUAUAAGAUCUCAGUAUUCAGUAUCUGUAGUCCUGAAUCUAGGGAUGAAUUGCUUCUUAUGGAAGGGCAAACGUGUUCAUUUUUACAGUAGCUUUUUUCAUUUCCUACUGUCUGUUGCCCUUUCUCCAUCCCUCCCUCCAUAAGCAGUGACUGAACUGUACCCUGACAUUUUGGGAUAACUGAGCCAUUACAGGUAUGUGCAUGCACACAACUUGUGAAGCGUUUUUGUUAUAAAGCUCUGUCUUAUUAGCUACUGAUGCUUUCGGCUUUGGUAAAAGGGGGCGAAGUGUUGACCUUGGGAUUUGACGUGUAUAUAGAAUACUAAAAGUGCCUCUUUCUAGCAUAUUCUCACUCAUUAUUAGUGCAGCCAAUGUCAGAUCCAAAGUUGGUUUCCGUUUUAUUUAUAUGACUGAUAGAAAUGCUACUUUAGCAUUCAUGGAAGAAAAUAAAACCAAAAGUCCCACAACAAACACAAACAGUAAGCCUUUUCUCUCCGGAUUGUUAAUCUGGUGUAACUGAACUGAAAACUUGUUGACUGCCUAGCAGUAUGGCCAGUACAAUAGGGAGACCAAGUUACCAUUGGAGAGAAAAUCAGCAUUUUGAGAAGGAAACACAUACCUUUAUACUUAAUGGAAAUCCUGCAAAUGUAUUUUUGCAAGAAGCUUGUGAAAAGGGAUGCAUGCAGUUUUCUUCUAAGCUUGUACCUUGUUUCUGUUACUGCCACAUUAUUCCUUUCUUAGCGCUCUUUCUCCUCUCUCCUUCAAUUCAUGUGUAGUUCUCUGGCUUAUGGCUCCUGCGUAGCUAUUCUUUGGAAAUUCCUGUUGAGAUGUGCCUGGAGGGAAACAAGCAAAAUGGCUUUUCAUUUGUUUGUUUGUUUAUUUUCUGUUUAAUAGGAUGUUAAAAGAUAUAGUCCUUAAUUUUGUGUAGAAAAACGUUGGUGUUUUGGGCUACAAAACAGGAUCUUAUAACUUGUAAAUGUAUUUAUAAAAUUGGCAUUAUAUAUUAAAAAAAAAAAAAAACUAACAGAGGAGAAAGGGUUAGCAUUUAUACUGCAUCAUUUAGUCUGUGAGUAAACUCCAUAUUUGCCUUUGGCAAGUACAUAUGCUGAGGUUAAUUAUAGGAAAGAAUUAGGAUUCUUGGGUAAAGUAUGCUGCAUUUUAUAGUUUACGGAAUACCCGGUAAGGCAUGAGCUAGUAUUUAGUUUGGAUGUUGGUGCUGACAUGAAAGAACAGAAAAAGAUCUGCUGGCAGCCCUCGAUAUUUUGCUCUCAAAGGUGGGCUGAGAACUUUUAAUUUCCCUCCUGAAGAAACUGUUUCUACUGUGACCAGUAAAGGUUUGCCUUGCACAUUAUACUGUCAAGUGCCUGUUUCUCACCUUGAUGAUGUGUUUGAUGCACAGCUUAGCUGCAAAAUUUUUCAGUUUGUUUUUAAAUUUUUGACAAAGAACAUGCUCACAAAGCUGAAGUCUAGCAUAAAACAAAAUUGCAUCUAAGUGGGAAAUUGAGAUAUGUAAACUUAAGGUAUGACUCUUAGUGAUGGAAGUUUUGGUGUGCUUUUUAAGUGAUACUUCCUCAGAAAUAAUCGUUCUAAGGAUGAACAUUAUUAAAUUUAAUAUAAUUUAUUGUUAUGCUUUGAUAAUGUAUUUGUCUUGAGAACUCACUGGCGUGAGCUUUUCUUCUCUUAUGUUAUAAACUUGUCUGAAUUUUCAGAAUGGGGUCCCCUUUUCUUUUACCUUCUUUAAAUGCUUAACUACAUUAUACAUUUAUGGGCUUAAACUAUACACGGCUCCAUAUGUGGAAUAAGUGUAGAAUAUGUCCCUUACUAUUUGUUUUGAAAUUGCAUUUCAAUCUAUGUGAAAUGGUUUAGAAGAAGAUAGCAUUAAGAUUGUAUAAUAAGAUUGCACAAAAUAAAAUAUAGUUUAUAUUGCUUUCUCGUAGCCAAACUGCAUGAUUGUUGGCGUGGUUUUAACGGGAAUUAAAAGCUUUGUGUGGCUGUAACUAGUCACUUAACUCU